CGCGGCUGCUGCGCGCGUGGGUAGAAGGUGUUAUAUGCUGCACGAGGUGGAAGUUGGAGUUGCCGGGGUUACACACGAAGAUGGGGAUCAGCAACCGGCUGCUGUUCUGCCAGUGCACGGCCUACCUGCUGGCCUUCGUGCUGGCGCUGUUCGCUGCCGUGCCGCUGGGCCAGGACCAGCAUGAGCUGCGGGGCCGCUGUCCGCUCUACGGGGUGGGGAGCUGGCGGCGCAGCAACGAGAGCGGGGCGACCGGCUGCGCGCAGACGUACUGCUUCCACGUGCUGCGCUGGGGCCCGCCGUCCGCCUGCCGCUACAGUCUCUUCAUGGGCAUCUUUAGCUGCGCCUACUCGGCGCUGCAGGGAUUCAGGAGCACCUACCACCUCUGCAAAGGCUUCGAGGAAUCACCCUUUUCAGAAUUUAUAAGCAUGCUUCUUAGCUGCACCAUUGCUUUGCUGAUGCUGGUUGCCAGUGCUACAGUGAGUGAUGGCCUUAAUAUAUGGUGCAACUCAGUCACAAGCAAGGGUAACAUAACCAUCAGCUGUAGAGAUGCCCAGGAAGAAUCUCUUAAUCUAAGUGCAGUUCCUACUUUGUUUUAUGACCACUUUGGCACUGCACAGUUUGGCCUGUGGUGUGCUUGGAUAGUGUGGAUUGCAUUAGCAAUACUUGCUUUCUUGAAAGUUUCUCAUAGUCGCAGUAAAGUCGACUUUACUGUACAAUACAAAGAAACUCUGCUAAGCCAGCAAUCGCAAAGAUAUUUCCGUGGACAAAUGGGCAAUGUGUUCAUCUAAUUAAAUAGUAUGAUUGAUUGCAGUUCAUAAUAUGAAAAAUGUGAUCAGCAUGUGACUGUACUUUGUCUUGUGAUUAAGCGGUUGAUUUAUUACUUAUCCAACCCACACCCCUUGCUCUUAUGAUAAAGCCUCUUGGUUUACCCCUGUACAAAAUUAUUUACUGGAAGAAAUUGAUCUGUUUGAUAUAUUAAUCUUGCUCAGUAAAUGGAAAGUUCACUUCAUUUUGCUUGGAAAUCAGAAUGAGCAAGUUAUAGUUUCUAAACAUAGAAGGAAUUGCUCAAAUAAAUGAGGACAGAAUUGUUUUCUGUUCACUUGCAGUUCAUGGCAAUGGGAGUUGUAGGAACCAACUGUAAUUGAGACAACAAUGUCUAAAAUUAUUGAUACUCUUAGCAUAAAGAAAGUUAAUGCAGACUAUUACAUUGUAUAUAGAAUAGUUUGAAUGUUUAGUUCCUACGUAGUUUGAAAUGUGCAUGCUGCUGUCAUUGCUAAUUCAUUACUGUUUGAGGAUUUUUUAAGGACCAAUUAAUUAUUUUGUUUGUCAGUAGUUUUGGGGUUGGAAUUGAUUGACAUAACUGAAUUGUGGUGAAGAUUGUAUAUAGUUAAGGUGAAGUAAUCUGGAAAAAUUUGUGAUCCCUUGAUGAAUAAUCAGUGUUGCAUAAUAAAGAUAAA